CUCUUUUGUCUGCUUGCUCCUCACCGUCGGCUACACGGUCGGGGGCGUGGACAUUUUUUCCUUAGUGGACCUCGAUGUUGAGGACUUCUACACAGGAGACAUGAGCAGGAAGAACUACUUCAUUCCCGCAAGAACUUCGUCGCCAGAAGAACAAGCGUCUUCUACAUCGCAGCAACACCAACUCACAGAGGACAUUAACACGAGCAAGAGCCAUCUUCCGGUAGUUGCAUCUACUAGUGCAGUUCAGAAUGGUCCUUCGUCACCGAGAACAUCAAGUGCCGCGCCUCUGGGCCCUUCUGCUUCCGAGGAAGAUGUUUUUAAUUCUAGUGACACCAUUACGCCUGUUCUCGUGCUUUCUCCAAACCUCUACGGACUGCUUUUCUUGCUGCUCGC